AUAAGCUCAUGUCGAUCCCCAGAGUUUGGGUUCUGGUGGGAGAACAUCACGAUGAAUCAAACUUCUGGCCGUGUGAUACAGUGUCUCACUGGGACAGGGGCGGACACGCCGUCAUGGAAACUUAACCCCGCUCGGCCCGGAGGGGGCACACGUCUCCGCCCGGCUCCCGGACGUCUUUCCGCAUCCUGUUCAGCCUCCCGCCGCCGUGUACCUGCGGGUAGAGGCUCACUUUGUCGUAACUUUGCUCUUUUACUUUGACGUCGGGAUUCCUUUUGUCCACCAUGUCCCACCGCUCGCCUCGGAGCGCGCUCCUCGGUGGACUGUGCGUGCUGGCCGCCCUGUUGCUCUGCGUGUCGGCUGAGAAAGACUCCGAGAGUCGCUACGGUUCCAUCCGCGAGUUCCGGGCAACCCUGGCUGAGCUGGCCGGGGAAGGAAGGACCUACCUGGGCAGGCUGGCCGGGGAGCAGACGGUGCUGUCGGUGCAGAAGGCCUUCUCUCAGGUGCUCGCCGCCGUGGCAGGAGGUCUGUCCGCCGGCCUCAACGUGCUCUCCCAGAACGUCUCCCACUUCCUGCAGGCUGCUGGCUUCCACGCGUCCCUUCCCAUCAGCGAGGUGACCCCAGACGGGGUGGUCUUCGUUGCCCAGUGGGUCCUGGCGGCUUUCAUUGGCUACUGGCUGAUCUCCCUCGUCUUCAGAUUGGUCGCCUCCACUCUGAGGCGGGCUUUGUGGCUGCUGAAAGUGGGCGUGGCUCUGGUCUGUUUCGGGUUGAUCCUCAGCGACCACAGCGUGGGCAGUGACACCAUGGCGGCGCGGCUGGCCGCGCUGGUGUGUGUCUGCGUGCUGCUGGGCGUCGGCGCCACGAAGAGCUCCGAUGCCGCGGACCAGACGGCUCGGCUGGAGGAACAGGUGAAGAUGCUGGAGACGCGGCUUCGAGAGCUGGAGAAGCGUAGGAGGACUUAGGAGUGAUGGAGGGACAGAGAGAAUCCCAAUGUGGGUCUUCCCUCCUGACGCCACUUUGAGGGCUUCUUGAACUUCAAUUCAGAAAUGUUUCCACAUUUUUAGAUUUUCUAGAACUUGUUUGAAAAGUAUUCCAUGACUCAUGAUUUGAUACUGACAGUUCCUAAGAAUGGGACAUGUGUGACGGAAAGGCUUUGAUGUCCAAAGAUCUGACCGUCUUUAUAAUGCAUUAAAGAAAUAUUUUAGGAAAUAAAUCAUCUCACACUCGG